UUGAAUGCCUGGGUAAUGCCCCGAAAGAACGAGAUUGAGGCUGGCGACCCCUGCGUUCCUUUCGGUUUGACACUGGGGCACCAACUCUCCUCGCUGGGCGCCAGGCGUGCUGAGAGGAGCCUUCCUCAGCUCCGACGGAGCGCCCUCGUUGAAAACUUUGCAGGCUGGCUUGUCCUGGCCGGUGUCCGCCCUCAUGCUCAUAACGAGCAUUAUUUCUUAAAAAGACCGAGGGGUGAGGGAGAUAGGACGAGAGGAAAAGAUCCUUCAGCCUCAAUGAUUUUUGAUCCUACUAUGAGCAAGAAGAAAAAGAAGAAGAAGAAGCCUUUUAUGUUAGAUGAGGAAGGGGAUGCCCAGACAGAAGAAACCCAGCCCUCAGAAACAAAAGAAGUAGAACCAGAGCCCACUGAGGACAGAGAUGUAGAAGCCGAUGAAGAGGACAGUAGGAAAAAAGAUGCUUCUGAUGAUUUAGAUGACUUGAACUUCUUUAAUCAGAAGAAAAAGAAGAAAAAAACAAAAAAGAUAUUUGAUAUUGAUGAAGCUGAAGAAGGUGUAAAGGAUCUUAAGAUUGAAAGUGAUAUCCAAGAAGCAGCUGAACCAGAGGAUGACCUUGACAUUAUGCUUGGCAAUAAAAAGAAGAAAAAGAAGAAUGUUAAGUUCCCAGAUGAGGAUGAAAUACUAGAGAAAGAUGAAGCUUUAGAAGAUGAAGACAGCAAAAAAGAUGAUGGUAUCUCCUUCAGUAACCAGACAGGCCCUGCUUGGGCAGGCUCAGAAAGAGACUACACAUAUGAGGAGCUAUUGAAUCGAGUAUUCAACAUCAUGAGGGAAAAGAAUCCAGAUAUGGUUGCUGGAGAGAAAAGGAAAUUUGUCAUGAAACCUCCACAGGUUGUCCGAGUAGGAACAAAGAAAACCUCUUUUGUCAACUUUACAGAUAUCUGUAAACUAUUACAUCGUCAGCCCAAACAUCUCCUUGCAUUUUUAUUGGCUGAAUUGGGUACAAGUGGUUCUAUAGAUGGUAAUAAUCAACUUGUAAUCAAAGGAAGAUUCCAACAGAAACAGAUAGAAAAUGUUUUGAGAAGAUAUAUCAAGGAAUACGUUACCUGUCACACAUGCCGAUCACCGGACACAAUCCUGCAAAAGGACACCCGACUCUAUUUCUUACAGUGCGAAACUUGUCAUUCUCGAUGCUCUGUUGCCAGCAUCAAGACCGGCUUCCAGGCUGUCACAGGCAAGCGAGCACAGCUCCGUGCCAAAGCUAACUAAUUGGCUAACCACCACUGAUUUUCAAAGUGUGUUGUGGAGAUUUGGCUGGACAGGUUUACCAUCAAAGUGGAUAUAUCAUUGUAUUAAAUACAAGAUAGUAAAGCUGCCAAGUUUUUUGGCUUGUGGCUGGUUGGUCUGAAAUCUUUGCAAGAUGCCGAUGCUCAAAAGCUGUUGACCUACUCAUUGCCUACUUUAACAACUGUCAGAAAAACAUGAUGGGGUAAGGCGGUGCUUUUUUAAAAUCGUUCAUAGACUUAUGUAAAAUGCAAGAUAAAUUAAAGUUAUUAUAACAGUGA